AUGGACUUUAGUCUGGAAUUAUCUGUCAAAGUGUCAAGUGAUUAUAAUUUUUUUAUUAAAAACACCUGCAGUAUGAAUGUUAACAAGAUUUUCGUGGUUCAGUUGAUCAUCUGCAAUUUAAAAUAGGUCGCUAAGACCUUGUAUGUGAUCGCAACUGGGUCUCAACGGCGUUUUAUUAGAAUAAAAACAAUCCAAGUGUCUCCGGCGAACUGGGAUAUUUGCCGAUACGAGUAUGGUUUUAUAUUGAGCAUCGAAUUUUUAUUCACAAUCAUUCCAUAAAAAAUUGAAAAACACUAAAAAAAUGGCAAGAUACUACGAGAAUACCUCAACCUUCAAUUUUAGUUGGGAUCAAGUUGCGUGUGGUUAUUGGAAAAGAUAUCCUAAUCCUCAAAGUACACAUGUGCUAUCUGAAGAUACAUGGAGCCGGCAGGUUAAGGAUGGGUGCCUCCACACAAAGAGACUGCUUACCAAAACCAACAGAGUACCCAAGUGGGGUGAGAGGUUCUUCAACGCGCAGUCAGUGAAAAUAAUUGAGGAGAGUAUUGUGGAUCCCGAAAAGAAGAUCCUCGUCACGUACACCAGGAAUCUGGGAUAUACAAAAGUAAUGAGCGUAGUGGAACGCGUCGAGUAUAAGGCCGCGGGGCCGGGCCAGACUAUCGCCCGGCGCUCGGCGUGGAUCGACUCGCAAGUGUUCGGCUUCUCGCGAGCGAUACGAGCGUUCGGUGUCGAGAGGUUCAGGAAGAACUGCACACAAAUGGUUAACGGGUUCAACCACGUCCUACACAGUAUGUUCCCGAGGCAGGUGCCCUCGCAGCACACCAUGACGCCUAUGACGCACACACUGAAGGAGAUGCGGGAAGCGGCGGCCGCCGCCACCGACCGGGCCAAGGCCAACGUCCUCUCAUCAGUCAACAGGACAUAACAGGACAAAGAGCGAGGACAAUAAGGAACCUGGAGCGGUACAGCUAAGAUAUAAAGUUGUGACGACACUCAGAUCUUCCAAGUGUCUGCGACUGUAGUUGUUUCGUUGACUGUACUUCCAUAUUCUAAGUAAUAAUGUAUUUAGUUCCAAAGCCCAGGUUUUGUUAAUUUUUGGUAUUGCCAGUAUAAUUUUUGUAGCUUCUUUAGAGCGAGUGUUGCCAUUGCAUGUCUUUAAUUUGUAUAUAAGUUCCAAGGUUGACUGGAAAUUUCCUUAAGGGAUAAGUCUGCCUGUGUAAAUUUUUGUUAUAACCUAAUAUCUAUACUAGAAGUGAGUGUACAAAAGCAUAUAAAAUAAAAUUAUAAAUAACAUAUCUUGUAACAAUAUAAUAUCUAUAUUUUUUUAUAAAGAAUAAAGAAAUGCAAUGCUGGCACUUCUCGCCUACGUUAGUACUGAUUAAUUUUCAUAUUUAUGUCUGUAUGGUUAUUUAAUAGAUUAUAAUGGUUUCUUGUUAAGAAAUGCGAAUAUGAUCUAUACAUGACGAUCCUAAAAUUAAUAGAAUUUCGGCUUUGUAUCGAAUUACUAAAUGUAUUUGAAAAUCAAUAUGAUUUUAUUAUAACAACAAUUUUAAACUUAAAGGUUACUAUUAAGAAUCAUGUCCAAUAUUUGGGCAUGGAAUAUCGAACUUUAUAUCCUCGAUAUAAAGUUUAUUUUGGUCAGGUUUCAUGUAAAUUAAUCAAUUACCAGAGGGAGACUUUACAAAAGUCCUUGUAAAAAUUGCUUCGGUACCUCUGUCCCAUUCGUGUUUCUACCGUGAAUCAGUUGUGGUUGCAUGGCUGUGUUUCGGUUUGAAGGGUGGGACAUGGCGUGAAUUUACAGGGUACAGAGGAAUAACACCUGAGUCCUCAGGAAUAGCAACGCAUGGGUGGUAUCAUGGGCGAAACAGAAUACUCUGUUAUGUCCAUGGUACUGCCCAUGUCUAUAGGCGACGGUUACUACUUACCAUCAGGUGGACCGUCAGCUUGUUUGCCAUUGUAAGUUGUAUAAAAAAAAAUUGAAUUCGCCAUAUAAUUAAGAUAAAUCAAUCACGCCUGAAAUUAGACAUUUCUCUCCUGACUUAUUACGUACAGGGGCGCUGACCCCGUGGAUGCGGAGCAUCCAUGACGCUGGACAUCAUAACAGAACUGAAAUAAUCCUCAACCCAUGAUCUGUUUAGUUCCCAUUUGCUCGUUCAGCAACCAGUGUCUGGUUUUAAGUUGAUAUAAUGGUGAUGAUUAUCAAAAGACAGCUUCAUUGCUAGCAAUAUACCCUCUUGGGUCGAUCUCCACGCGGUUCCCCCUGGAAACCAUCGUGGUGAAUUCUUCACGAUGGGCUAACUGACCUGCCUUCAUUCUCAUUUAUCAUCUGUCACUGGAUCCCCACUAUCGUAUACUAUUAGUGCAGGCGGGGUAUUACAUUUUUACCCAUUAAAAAAAUAUCAAAAGAGCCUUAGCAUCCCACUAGGUUUUCUCCGGCGCCCCUGAUUAUGUAUAUAACUAAAUAAGUAGUUUAAAAACAAGUAGCCACCGCAAGCACAAACAAAGCAAACAAAACGGUGGUUUUUGUUUUGUAUGUCUUUUUAUUGAAGUUAGUAAUUUACAUACAUAUUGUACAUUUAGUAACAAAACAAAUCUUACUAAUAUAAAUGUGAGAUUUGUAUUUUUGUUACUCAAUCCUGGUUGGACGGAAUUUGGUACACGAGUGUGUUAUAUCUUAAUACAUAUUUUAUGUAUUGACGAACGCGGGAAAAGCCGCGGGAAACAGUUGUACACAGUUAUUUCAAUAAAAAUACACCCUAAGAUUAUUAGUAUUUUUUUAAUUUGAUUUUAGUUAUAUAUUAAAUUAAAAAUAUUAAAUCACAGGCAGAAGUCUUAAAUCUUAGCACGAUAUUUGAGCUGAUUGGUUUUUAUUUUUAACCGACUUUUUAUAAAAGGAGGUUCUCAAUUCAGAUGUUUUUUUUUAUGCCUGUUACUUUAUUACUCCAUUAAUUGUAAACUAAAUUUGGAAAAUUCUUUUUUUUUUAUGUGAAAGGAUAUACUUACAUAUUGGUCUCGAGUAGAGAUUUUAUAAUUGGUAUAGUAGUUUACUUUUAAAAUCAAAAUAUUGUUUAUUUUUUGAAAAUAUUAUUUCUAUCAAAUGUUAUAUAUAAAAGCAAAUCACAAGUUUUGCACUUGAAGUUGCUUCUUAUUAAAAAAGUGCAGUACUAUGUAGCACUUAUGUAUAGUUAUACUAGAUUAAAGUAAUGUAAACUAUUUGUUAGCGCUUAGGAUGUUGAUCGACGGUGCCCACUACAUUGCUAUGUAAAUAUUUUCAUACAUUGUUGAUUGAUGUAUCAGCAUUUCACAUUGUUUAUUAACAUAAUAUUGCGUAUUCUCACUGAAAAUAUUCACCAUACAGUUUUUCCGCUUAUAGAAGAUAAUUUUCAUUUUCCGCGACUGCGUAAUUUCAGUUUUACAAAAAUGUAAGCGGAAAAAAUGGCGCAGGAAAAUUUUCACAGUAUGGAUACGCCUUUAUAUGGUAUAUCCCUUUUAUUAUUUAUUAUUAUCAUUUAUUUGUCACUGCCAUUUUUAAAAGUUUAAAAAUGCUACCCGUACCUUUUACCACAUUCCAGCUGUGGGGUGUUUUUUUUUUUAUUUAGACGCAAUGGCAUUUUAAAGCUUUGCUUGACUGAAUAUUGGCUUGAGUAUUAUGCAUAUGUUGAAUGUAAAUUGUUCAAUGAGAAUGAUCAAUGAAUAUUUUAAAUUGUGUAUUUAAUUACUAUAUAUAUGUAUUUAAUUUUCACUACAUAACUGUGUGUGUUUGUCUGAACAAAUGUACAUAGUUAACGUGAAGUAUAAUUCUCACUCUAUACUUGGAUUACGUUAAUAAUUAAAAAAAAUGUAGUAUAAUAUACAUAGGAGUACGAAUAAAUUAUAUUUUUAACGAAAUAAAUUUUAUAAUGGCAAUAUAAUGUAUUUACAUUCAAAUAUUAUUGAGAGAGGAUAAAUAUGUGAGUUUGUUCAUUAAACCGUGCUUUUAAAAAUCUAAUUCUAGACCUAGGCCCAUCUAUAGGCGUAUUUAAGAUGGUGGGGGUCGGGUAGGUAGACAAUACCGUGGUAGUCUGCAUUUGCCACGGUAUUGUUUGGUGUUUACCCUAAAAUGUGAAAGAAAUUUACAGCUAUGCGCAGACAUGUUUAAAAAGUACAUAAACUACCUUUCUAUACAGGCCAGCUCCCCUUAAGCCCUGCAACCUUAAACACGCCAAUGAUUCCAUCACUAUUCGUAAUUUAAAAUAGAUGUUGCAUUUUCCUCACUUGCAAUUAUAUAUUUUGUAUAAUUAUUACUUCAUUAUAUCGCAAUUGGAGUGUAUGGACGUAGGAACUGACGUUAGAUUCAAAAUGUUCUGUAAAUGCGAAAAAUCCUUAAUUAAUGUUAGUUAUAAUUACAAUAUUAAGGCAAUAAAUAAAUCAAAUCAUAAUUUCA